AUGUGUGGCAAGCCUGUGGACCUCUUCUUCCUCAUCGACGCCUCCGACCAUGUGGGCGACGCGAACUUUGCCAAGGAGUUGGACUUCGUUACCUCUGUAGCACAGGGUUUUGAUGUGGACAAGGGUACUGCCAAGAUUGCCGCCAUGACUUACGGCUCUCAAGACAAGAAAUUGUUCUGCUUCAACACUCACUCGACCAAGGGAAAAGUCAUCAAUGCUUUGAAAGGUGCCACGUACACCAAAGGAGCCGCUACGUUGGACUACGGACUCCACUACGCCCGCACCAACAUCUUCACCACCGAGUGCGGCGUGCGGCCAGAUGCGGGCAAAGUGGCGGUGGUCUUCAGCGCCGGCACCUCUAGUGAACCGGAGCUGACGUCGGAAGAGGCGAAAAGGUUGCAGAAAACUGGCGUGCAGGUGAUCGCUGUGGGUCUUGGAAACAAACUGGACAGAAAUGAGCUGUGGGACGUGGCGUCCACCAAAGGCCAGGUAUGGUUUUCCAAGUGGGAGUUGGUGAGGUCAAUCUACAAGGCCGUGCUCACGGGAGCCUGUGAGGCCGCCGAGAUUAGUCUGAAGGUCCCUGGGUACACCGAGUACUGUUUCGGCAAGUGCGCCUCCAACCUGGAGUGUGUCAAGACGGAAGGCGGCGCCAGCAUCUGUACCUGCAAACCCAACUGGUACUGGGAAGUGACCACUCAAAAGUGCAUGAAAACUCCGGGCCACAACCAGGUGUGCAUCAGUAAGUGCUCCCACAACCUGCAGUGUCUGGUCUCAGGGGGAGGCAACAAGUGUCUGUGCCCAGAGGGACAUUACUUCAGCACGACCAGCAACUUGUGUGUGCCAGACAUAGGCUAUCAAGAAGAGUGCACAACAAAAGACAAGUGUGCAGCCUCUCUGGAGUGCCUCAAGCUGAGCGGCAAGUUCAAGUGUCUCUGUCCUAAGGGCACACACUGGGACCCCAAGGAGAAGUUGUGUGCUUUAAUCCCUGGAUUCGGCGAAGUGUGCACUGGCAUCUGCGCCAAUCAUCUGGAAUGUAACGACUUCGGAAGUGGAACUUUGGUGUGCGGAUGUCCGGUCGGCUAUUACUGGUUGGUGGAGAAGGACAAGUGCUUCAAAACGGAGAAGACCGUGAAGGAAGCCAUGACCCUCAAGGCCACUGGCGUCACAGUGGUCAGUGUAGGAGUCGGCAGUGGCAUCAGCAUGGACGAACUGAAGGUCAUUGCCACGGACACUAGUAUGGUCUUCAAGGCAAAGAACUUUGACGCACUGGACACCAUCAAAGCGGAAGUCACAGCUCAGGCCUGUGAAGCAGCCAAAGCAG